UGUUGGCUACGGAUCGGCGUGAAAUUGAUCGCAACGUGUGCAAAUAGCGUUGUGCUGACGGUGGCGCAAACAUACUUAUACAUAGAGUAAUUUUUGUAAUUCGGCAUAUACAUUGCGAAGUUGCGCUAGUUUGAUAAGCAUAUUGGAAAUAUCGACUCGCUUGAAAAAAUUAGUUUUUUGGAAAGUGAUUUAAGUGAAUACGCGAACAAGCAGAGCAAAAGAAAUUGCUUUGAAAAUAGUAAUUUAAAAGCAAAUGUAUAUAACACGAGUUUAUUCUGAUAUCUUUGUAUAAAGUGCAAAAAAGUGUCAAAACUCCAAACAAAAAAAAACAGAGAGAGAAAUAGUGAGUGAUUUUAGACAACUCAUUGAAAGUGAUUAAUGAAAUAUAAACGAAGUUCAUCAAACAAAAGCAACAGUCAGCAUAAUUAAUUUGAGUGUUCAGAAAACCAAAAAGUUUAAACGGUAGAUAAUAAUAAAAAGUUGAUAACAAUUUAACUGCAUUUCUAAGAAUACAGUAAAGUAUAGCCGCACAAUUCUCAAAGGGCACGCUGCUGAUGCCUUCAACGUAUUGAAAAAUGACUAGUUUUCAAAAUGAACUUGGCGAAUGUGUGUGGGUGCGGCCACAAAAUGCCGGUGACAAUGAGUUUGUGGUGCCGUUUGGUGCGCGCGUCAUACGCACGGAGAAGACACGCACACUUAUUGCCAAUGAUGAGGGUAAGCAAUUUUGGGUGCCCGCAGAGGAUGUAAUGAAAGCGAUGCAUAUCACAUCACAGCAAGGUGUCGAUGAUAUGAUUACGCUAGGCGAUUUGCAGGAGUACGCAAUUUUACGCAACUUGGAGAUGCGUUACGCCAAACAGCUUAUUUAUACCUAUACCGGCUCCAUGCUGAUCGCGCUCAAUCCCUACCAAGCGCUGCCGAUCUACACGAACCGUGAGAUCGCCAAGUAUCGCGGCAAGAAGAUCAGCGAACUGCCGCCACAUAUAUUUGCCAUCAGCGACAAUGCCUUCCAGCAGUUGAAACGGGAACACAUGAAUCAGUGCAUCGUGAUUAGCGGCGAAUCGGGCGCGGGCAAAACCGAGAGCACCAAGCUCAUAUUACAGUAUCUGGCCGCUAUUAGCGGCAAGCAUGCUUGGAUCGAGCAGCAAAUUAUCGAGGCCAAUCCAAUUUUGGAGGCAUUCGGCAAUGCGAAGACGGUGCGAAAUGACAAUUCGUCACGCUUUGGCAAAUACAUAGAGAUACGUUUCACGGAUGCGGGCACGAUACAGGGUGCGAAUAUUGAGCAAUAUCUUUUGGAGAAGUCACGUAUUGUGGCACAGUCGCGCGACGAGCGCAAUUAUCACAUUUUCUAUUCAAUGUUGGCGGGUCUGAGUGACGCCGAACUGGCACGCCUCGAACUUUCGGAUAGAUCUGCUACAAAGUACCACUAUUUAUCACAGGGGGGUUGUCAUGAGUUGCAGGGCAAAAGUGAUGCUAAAGAUUAUGCUGGCAUACGUGCUGCUAUGAAGGUGCUCUCUUUUGGCGCAGAGGAAGUGUGGAGCAUAUUUAGUCUAUUGGCUGCCAUUUUACAUCUCGGCAAUAUGUACUUCAAGGCGACGGUAGUACAAAAUAUGGACGCCACUGAGGCCAACGAUAUUGUAAGUUUACAGCGUGUAGCUUCACUGCUGGGCGUUACGAAGCAAGCUUUGGCUAAUGCGCUGACAUACAAGACUAUUUUUGUGCAUGGCGAACGUGUAGUGACUAGCCUGUCGCGUGAAAUGGUCAUCGAGGGACGUGAUGCAUUCGUGAAGUCGUUAUAUGGCGCGAUUUUUAUACGCAUCGUUGAGCGCAUAAAUGCGACUAUUAACACGAAGGAUAAGUCGUCGAAACCGCUAAAUACCAUCGGUGUACUGGAUAUCUUCGGCUUUGAGAAUUUCGCCGACAAUAGUUUCGAACAAUUGUGCAUCAAUUAUGCGAAUGAGAAUCUGCAGCAGUUCUUUGUGCGACACAUUUUUAAGAUGGAGCAGGCGGAAUAUGAGCAAGAGAACAUAAGGUGGCAACAUAUCGAUUUCCAGGAUAAUCAGGAGAUAUUGGACUUAAUUGGCAUGAAGUCGGUGAAUAUUAUGUCACUCAUUGACGAAGAAUCGAAGUUUCCCAAAGGCACCGAUAACACAUUGCUGGAAAAGCUGCACGUGCAACAUGGCAAUCGGUCCAUAUAUGUCAAACCUAAAUCUAAUCAAGCCGCACUUUUUGGCAUAAGACAUUAUGCCGGCGUGGUUAUGUAUAACCCUAAUGGAUUUUUGGAGAAAAAUCGUGAUUCGUUCAGCAUGGACCUACUGGAGAUGAUUAGGAAAUCAAAAAAUAAGUACCUCAAGGAUAUUUUUCCAAUUCAACUGCCAUACGACACCAUGAAGAAACAGUUGACAUUAUCCGUUAAGUUCCGGAAUUCAUUGGAUUUGCUCAUGCGCACACUCUCUGCCGCACAUCCCUUCUUCAUUCGAUGCAUUAAACCCAAUGAGGAUAAGAAGUCUAAUUUGUUUGACCGCGAGCUCUGCGUGCGCCAGCUGCGCUACUCCGGCAUGAUGGAGACGGCACGCAUACGACACGCUGGCUACCCCAUACGUCACAGCUACAAGGACUUCGUAGAACGCUAUCGCUUGCUGCUGCCGAAGCUCGGUCCAACCGGCACCAUCGACUGUCGACAAGUGACCGAGCAAAUAUGCAAAAAAUUACUUCCCGCCACGGCUGAUUAUCAGUUCGGCCGACAGAAAGUGUUCCUGAAAGACGUUGACGAUACUUACCUGGAGAAGGAGCGUGCGCGCAUAGUACUCGAAUCCAUUAUAGCCAUACAACGCGGCUUUCGGCGUGUACUCUUCCGACGUCAGCUACGACGUUACCGCGAAGCAGCGCUCAUCAUACAGAAAGUGUGGCGCGCCUAUAAGUACCGACGCGAUUUCCGCAUUGCGCGACAGGGCUUCCAUCGCCUGGGCGCUUGCAUUGCACAAAAACAAUUGACGCAUCAAUUUACGAGACUGCGCAGUCAUGUGACCCACUUGCAGGCUUACUGUCGCGGUCAUUUAGCACGACAGGCGUUUAAACAACGCCGCCAGCGUCAUAAGGAACUGCAAGCAUUGCGCGCCUCGGAAGAAUUGCUGGUACGACAAGCGCGUGAACAUCAGCAGGCCGAGCGCGAGCGGCAGUCGCGGCUCAGCGCAAAUGCAGCGGCCGCAGCAGUGGCGACAGCGGCGGCUAAGCCAACACUGCACACAACUCCAAUUGCGACUCAGGCGCACAUGAAUGGCGGAGUGGCUGUGAAUGGUAAGAACGGCGUGAAUACCGUGAAUGGCGUAAAUGGCGUUAAUGGCGUACCCGUGCCUGCGCAGCGGCAAAUCAAAGAAGCGCCCAAUGACAAUUACAUCGAUCUGGAGUCUUCGAAGCAGAUUGUGGACGACGUGUUUGGCUUCCUCGACGACGCCGAUGUGAGUCCGCCCGUCCCGCUGCGUCGUGCGUUGCCUUCGGGUGGUACAAUACGCAUACCAAAGCUCGAAACAAGCACGAUCGAUACAUCGGAAUAUAGCUUUGCCAAAUUCGCUGCGACUUACUUUAAUGCACAAGCGACGGGUUAUCAUAGUACAAAGCCGCUAAAGAGAACGUUACUCGAACAUGACUUACCUAUGGAUGAUAUUGCCGCCAAGGCGAUUUGGAUAAUGAUAUUGCGUUUUAUGGGCGACAUGGCCGAGGCAAAAUUUGAAGAAGAUGUGGAAAGCGUUCACCUCAAUUAUCCUGAUAAAGAGUUUGUAGGCACUGUGGGCAAAUCUAGCGUUAUGCAACGUUUAACAGUUACACUCUCGAAAAGUGCCCUUCAAAGUAAAGAGUUUCAAGCGGCACUCGCUGCGUUAAACGAAACCGAAUCGAAACAUCAACGUUUGAUACGAAAAACACUGAAGCGCAAAACGAAAUUGCCGGAUCUAUUGCGUAAGACACUAGAUAAUGCCGAGGAAAUCGAGUUCUACAAGCAAGUUUUGAAUGUACGCAGCAGUAAUUUGGAGAAGCUGCAUUUCAUAAUUGGACAUGGCAUACUGCGACCCACUCUGAGGGAUGAGAUAUUAGCACAAAUCUGUAAACAGUUAACCAACAAUCCUUAUCGUACUUCUUUCGCUAAGGGUUGGAUAUUACUAUCUCUCUGCAUUGGCUGCUUUCCGCCUAGUAUACGUUUCGAGCAUUUCUUACGUUGCUUUAUACAGCAUGGACCCAUGUUAUAUGCGCCGUAUUGCGAGAAUCGUUUGGACCGAACGCUAAAGAAUGGACCGCGUACACAACCCCCAUCGUGGCUAGAGUUACAGGCAACCCGAAAUAAGUCCGCCAUCACGUUAAAUGUAUUUCUAUCCGAUGGCAAAAUGAAGAAGUUACAGGUGGACUCAGCUUCCACAGCAAAGGAAGCAGUACAGCAGUUAGCAGAGCAUAUUGGACUCUUGGAUCAUUUCGGCUUCUCUAUUGUCAUCACAAUCUUCGAUAAGGUCAUGUCACUCGGUAAUGGCAAUGAACACAUAAUGGAUGCUAUCUCCAACUGUGAACAGUAUGCUAAGGAACAGGGCCAGAAUGAGAAGAAUGCACCUUGGAAGUUGUACUUGCGUAAAGAGAUGUUUAGUGCCUGGUACGAUCCAAGUGUGGAUCCAUUGGCUACAUAUUUAAUAUAUAAACAGAUAACCCGUGGCCUCAAUUUUGGUGAAUAUCGCUGUCGCACCGAAACAGAUGUAGCUAUGAUCUGUGCACUUGAAUAUUACGUGGAACAGGGAGCAAAUAUGGAUAGUAAUGUCUUACGUAAACUCAUACCCGACUUUGUACCAAAGAAUCUCUUGACAGCCGGUGAGAAAAGCUUGAGAAUAUGGGAAGAGCUCAUAAUGAAAACAUUUGCCGCCAAUGAGUAUGUCAAAUCCGGUACACCGAAACAAGCUAUGGAGGAUAUCUGUUUGUUUGCGCAACUAACUUGGUCCAUGUAUUUCUCACGAUACUUUGAAGCUGUACGCACGGCAGGACCGAAACUCAUAACAGAUAAUGUAGUUAUAGCCAUCAAUUCGAAUGGUGUCUAUUUUGUCGACGAAACAGAGCAAGUCUUGGCUGAACUAUCCUAUGCUGAGUUUUGCCAGGUGACAUGUGUUUCGGUUGAGAGCUCGAAUCUCAGUGAGCUACAUAUUGAAACUGUGCAGAAGGAAAAUUUCACCUUCAAAUGUUAUGAAGCCUCAGAUAUCGUGGAGUUGAUCAACUUUAUGCUGAAAAAUCUCAAAGAACGCUCGAAGUACGGUAUUGCCAUUGAGGAUUACAAGCCGGCAUUAGAGGACCGUGAAGGACGUUUAUUCUUACUAAAAGGUGAUCUGGUGCAAUUCGAUGCUGAUAUCACAGGUGCGCAAGUAAUGGCGGGUAAGAAGCGAUGGUUGCCAGGAAUCUGUAACGACGAGUUGGGCGAAUUUCCGGUGGAAGUGGUAAGCGUACUAGCAACACUAGUGAAACCAUCAACAAAGUUAUUACAGUUAUACAAAGAGAGCGCUGAAAGCGUGCACAAACGAAAUUUAAAAUCGGUAAAAUAUACCACAAUACAGCGCCAACGUAUGCAUACAUUGAGAAAAUUUGCAGCAGAUCAUUUUCGUGAUGAGAUAAUCAACGGCUGGCCAUCACAGGCACAACUGCAUACAGUGAAGUCCACAAAUGAUGAGCUAUGGCAACACUCAUACAACAUGCUGAAAGCUCCACUGCUGAAAGUGCUUUUACGUGAUCCAGAGAAUUUCCAAAAAGCGCUUGUAAUAUUUUACAAUAUUCUGAAGUACAUGGGUGACACGCCACAUGGUAAUCAGAGCAUAAAUACCGAUUUCAUUUUCAAACACGCCUUAGAGUGUGAAACGCUCUGCGAUGAGCUCUACUGCCAGCUGAUGAAACAGUUGACGGCCAAUCGUUUGCAACACAGCGAGGAACGCGGUUGGGAUCUGAUGUAUUUAGCCACGGGCGUCAUGUACCCCAGCUCAUUGGUUAUGAAAGAGCUGCUUGAGUUUUUAAACACACGGACUCAUAUUUUGGCAGCGGAGUCGCUAAAACGCUUGAAACGCACGCUGGCGAACGGACAGCGCAAACGACCACCACAUGCCAUUGAAGUGGAGGGGAUACAGCAACGUUUCAUGCAUAUUUAUCAUAAGAUAUACUUUCCGGAUGGCAGCGUGGAAGCUUUUGAAAUUGAAUCCUUUACACGCGCUGCCCACGUCACACAAGACGUUGCAAAACGUUUUGAACUCAAAUCUUGCGAAGGAUUUUCACUCUUUGUGAAAAUCGGCAAUAAAGUAUUUUCCAUGCCGGAAACGGAAUUCGCAUUCGAUUUCAUUAACGAAUUGGAGGAGUGGAUGAGGUUGAAUUUACCCCGUCGCUCACGAACACAAGUCGCAUUACAGUAUCAACUGUAUUUCAUGAAAAAACUCUGGUUUAAUGUGGUGCCCGGUCGGGAUCGUAAUGCCGAUAUGAUUUUUUACUAUCCACAAGAAGUACCCAAAUAUUUGAGUGGCUAUUAUAAAGUGGAUAAAGACUUGGCGAUCACAAUGGCUGGUUUAAUUUACAUAGUUGGCUUUGGCACGAGUACAACGCAUUUGCAUAAGAUCGGUGAUGUGUUGCCACAUUUGGUGCCCGAAGAUCUUAUAAUCCUUCUGAAAGUUACCCAAUGGCGCCCACGUAUAAUACAAUGUGUAAGUGGCCUGCUGGAAGAGCAUGUCGAUGAAUGGGAAGCGAGACAACGUUUUCUCAGCCAUUUAGCAGCGCAGCAAAUGUUUGGUUCGACAUUCUUUUUAGUGAAGCAGAGUGGCGACCAGAAUUUGCCCGACACUAUAUUGAUUGCAAUAAAUAAACGUGGGUUUCACAUUAUUCAGCCAGAAACGAAGGAUAUACUGCAGUCUUACGGUUAUGGCGAUUUAAGUUUCUGGAGCUCAGGCAAUACAUACUUUCAUAUGCGUUUUGGUAAUAUGAUUGGUGCUUCGAAAUUGCUUUGUACCACCACACAAGGCUACAAAAUGGAUGAUUUGCUUACUUCUUAUAUCAAAUAUUUUAAAGAGAAAUAGAGACCCCAUAUAUAUAUGUAUAGUAUAUAUCCAUAAUGCAAUGUAGUAAUAAGUAAUACUUAAUCUCGUACAGUGAGAGAGAUAUGAGUUGGGAUAA